AUGCGGAAAGCGUCUACUGUCAGUGCUGGGUUAAAGGGCCCUCCUUUUGCUCGGUAUUUCUGGUACACGACCGGUAUCAUGCUGGGCAUCCCAGGAGCUAUUGGCGCCGUGUUUGUGUACAACCUCCAGACGGACGACGAGUUUUACAGCCACUUUAACGACCGGUACCCAGACUUGAUCAAAGCUAUUGAAGGCCAUGUGCCGCUUAAUGAGACGCUGCUGGAACUGGCGAGUCGUGAAGACAUUGGACCUAUUGGCUCGACGGAAGACCUGAUUAACGAGACGGUGACUGUGGUGGCGCAGCUACAAUCCGGGUCAGACGGUGCGUUUUCAAGUCGCUGGGUCGGCGAGUCAGGGAGGCAAUUGACGCACUGGCGCUCAAGGGAGUCGAUGCAUCCGACGUCCGACCGAGUGAUUGCUGUCACUUUUGCUGAGGAAGGAGAGGAUGUGGAGAAAAAGAGCAAGCAGGCGGUACCCACGGCACAAGAGGCGUGGCCGCCUGCUCCUCGAGUGACGUGGGGCAGUGCUGCUGCAGCCCUGGAAAAGAAGAACGGGAAGCCGAAGGACUCAGUGAAUGAGCUUCGUCAGGAGAUCGAAGAGAUUCACGAGGAGAUUGCGGCUUUAGAGGAACGCAAAGUUGCUCUGAAAGAGCAGCUUCCGCGCAAACGCUUCUUGUGGAUCUUCUAG